AUGCUGCGAGUCUGGACCCGGUUCCAUCGUGAAAUUGUCACGCACCUGGUGCGGACCAAAAUUCCACCUCGCACUGGCCGUGAAAACAAUCGGUUCCGCGAAUUCGAUCUCGGCCAGCGUGUCUUUGCCAUCACGGGCGGAGGCAGGGGCCUGGGGCUGGCCAUGGCGGAAGCGCUGAUGGAAGCCGGUGCAAAAGUUUACUGUCUGGACCGUCUGCCCGAACCUGAACCAGAGUUCAAGGUCGCGCAAGACCGGGCGGCCAAAGACUUUGGCGGCAGUCUCGAGUACCACCGCAUCGAUGUGCGCGACAGCCAGGACGUGGAAGAAGCAAUGGCUAAGAUUGCACGCACCGACCGGCGACUUGACGGGAUGAUCGCCGCGGCGGGGGUGAACCAUCUCGAGAGUGCGCUGGAGCAUUCGCAGACGGCGCUCAACGAGGUGAUGCAGAUCAACUACAACGGGGUGUUCAACGCGGCGACCGCCGCCGCGCGUCAGAUGUUCGAGUUCCAGCAGGGGGGCUCCAUCCUGCUCAUCGCCAGCAUGAGCGGCCUCGUCGCAAACAAGGGCAUGACCUCCCCGGUCUACAACUCCUCCAAGGCGGCCGUCAUCCAGCUGGCCCGCAGCCUCGCCAUGGAAUGGGGCCGCCACGGCAUCCGCGUCAACAGCCUCUGCCCGGGCCACAUCAUCACCCCGAUGGUCGACAUGGUUUUUCAGCAGAACCCGGCCGCCCGUGCAACCUGGGAGGCAGAGAACAUGCUCGGCCGCCUCGCCGUCCCGGAGGAGUUCCGCGGCGCUGCCCUCUUCGCUCUCAGCGAUGCCAGCAGCUUCAUGACGGGUAGUACCUUGCUGAUCGACGGCGGCCAUACCGCCUGGUAG